GAACUUUAUCUGCUUUAUAUUGUAGGACGAAAAAAGUUGAUCCUUUCACCUCCAGACUACUAGAAAUCCACUCCAAGAUGCUAAAAAUCAAUAAGAAAGAGGAAAUACGCUUGGGGUUGCAUCGCUCAGACUAUAUGCUGGAUGAGCAAACUAAAUUACUUCUGCAAAUAGAGCUUAACACUAUUUCAUCAUCAUUUUCGGGGCUAGGUUGUCUUGUCAGUGAGCUUCACAGGAGCUUGCUUCAUCAAUACAGAGAACGCAUUGCAUUAAAUCCUAACAAAAUUCCCACAAACAAUUCCGUAAAUCAAUUUGCGGAAGCACUGGCUAAAGCUUGGAAUGAAUAUGGUGAUCCAAGGGCUGUAGUUAUGUUUGUGGUUCAAGCUGAAGAGCGCAACAUGUACGAUCAGCAUUGGCUUUCGGCUUCACUGAGAGAAAAACAUCAAGUUACAACUACCAGAAAGACGCUAGCGGAAAUUGAUGCACAUGGAGAGCUUCUAGAAGAUGGUACCCUCGUUGUAGAUGGUGAAGCAGUGGCAGUCAUUUAUUUUAGAGCUGGCUAUGCACCAAGUGACUAUCACGCGGAAUCUGAAUGGAGUGCUAGGCUUCUGAUGGAGCAGUCACGUGCAGUCAAGUGCCCGUCAAUUUCCUAUCAUUUAGCUGGGACCAAGAAGAUUCAGCAAGAGCUUGCAAAACCCAAUGUACUAGAAAGGUUUCUUGAAAACAAAGAGGCCAUUGCCAAACUACGAAAAUGCUUUGCAGGCUUGUGGAGUUUGGAUGAAUCCAACACAGUCAAGGAUGCAAUUGAGAGACCCGGCUUGUACGUAAUGAAACCGCAACGAGAAGGAGGAGGAAACAAUAUCUAUGGGGAAGAUGUGAGGGAAGCUCUUCUGAAACUGCAGAAGGAAGGCACUGGAAGUGAUGCGUUUAUACUAAUGCAGAGGAUUUUUCCAACCGUUUCUCACUCGAUACUAAUGCGAGAAGGCAUCCCUCAUAAGGAACAAACCAUAUCAGAACUUGGGAUAUAUGGAACUUAUUUAAGGAACAAAACGGAAGUUCUAAUCAACCAACAGGCUGGUUACUUGAUGAGAACAAAGGUCUCUUCGUCAAAUGAGGGUGGGGUUGCAGCUGGUUUUGCAGUGUUGGACAGUAUAUACUUGGUUUGAUGAGAUUGGCUCUUGCAUUGUUACUGGGGUUGAAUGCGGAGGCUGCAUCAGUCUUUCCUACAUUACCUUGGAACACACCAGUCUUAUAGCGCUUGUUCAACCUUGUAUUUUUCUUGUUUAAUCUUAAAUAAAUAGAGCUCCAUAUUUUUUCUGAAGGAAGUGGACACAAGAUUGAUAAUAGAUCCAAAGUUCUUGAUCGUAAACACAAUUCAGUGCUCUCUUUGUUUAUGCAAGGGCUUUACUUAUCUGCUACAAGCUGAUCACUGAAUUUGAACGUAUGAUUUGUUGCACAUCACUCGUGUUAUUUACAUUUGUUUUUACUACCA